AUGCCAAUUCAUAAACCAUAUGCAAGUUAUAUAUGUUCAUGGAAGGCAAAAUCACCAGUUAUUCAAUUACACUUGGCUUUACUAGAAAUUGAUUCAUUUCAAGAAACCAACAAACUAGACAAAUCUUAUAAUAACAAUAAAUCUGUUGGAUUACCAAAAUUUCGAUAUAAAUAUUCAGAACAAAAAUUGGCUUUGUACUUGGUACAGGGUGGGCAAGUUUUUAUCCCUCUUAGAGUUUUAGGAGGAAUUGAAAAAAUCAGUGAUAGAAUUAAUUAUAAUUGGAAUUCAGAGUACACAGUUGGAAAGAAAAAAGUAAUUACUGGAAACAUGAAAAGUGCAAAAUCAAUUACUUUAUAUAUGCAUAAAGAUGUAUCAGAACAAGAAAUUGAUAUAGCAGGAUUACACAUAAAUUAUAUGAUAAAAGCUAGAAAAAAUAAAUCUUACUCAAAUUGGAAAUGA